AUGGUGCCGUGGAAUCAGAUAUUUGCUCAGGCACUAGGUUUCAGAAUGAACUGGAACGAUCCGCCAGAUUCGUUCCACCCUUAUCAUCGCUUGUACAGGAGAACCGUUUACAAUCACCUUGAGACUUUAUUGGACAGGAAUGGCCUAGAAGGCUUCCAUUGCGUGCGUCGAGCAAUUUGCGAAAUGGACAAGAUCUCGCAACCUAGAGGAAUCUACUAUAAAAUUUUAAAAAUGGUUUUUAGGCGCAAUUCAGCUGCAACAGAUAAAUGGCACAACGCGACUGAGGAAGAUUGCAAAUUAUCCAUCACGACCUGCCCUUUCUCGAUGCUCGAAGUUUCUACGUAUACAGAUUUUUAG